AUGAGCGGAGGUCGGUUUGACUUCGAUGACGGAGGGGCAUACUGCGGGGGGUGGGAAGGCGGUAAAGCUCAUGGGCAUGGAAUCUGCACAGGACCGAAGGGCCAAGGAGAAUACUCGGGGUCCUGGAAUUAUGGGUUCGAGGUGGUAGGCAUCUACACCUGGCCAAGCGGUAAUACCUACGAAGGAUAUUGGUCGCAGGGGAAAAGACACGGCUUGGGAGUGGAAACUAAAGGACACUGGGUGUACAAAGGUGAAUGGACUCAUGGAUUUAAAGGAAGGUAUGGAGUCCGACAGAGUAUGACCAGCGGGGCAAAGUACGAAGGAACAUGGCAGAGUGGCCUACAAGAUGGAUAUGGUACUGAGACGUAUGCAGAUGGAGGAACCUACCAGGGCCAGUUUGGAAAUGGAAUCCGUGAAGGCUAUGGUGUACGUCAGAGUGUUCCAUAUGGAAUGGCAGCAGCUGUCCGAAACCCCUUACGUACCUCCUUGACCUCCCUCCGCAGUGAACACAGCAAUGGGACAUUGGCUCAACAUGAUGCCAUAUCCCCCUCACCAGACAACAUUGUGUGCUCCACCAUCACCAGAGGAGGCUUUGCCCUCUCCCUCUAUGCAGACCCCGAAGUUCUCAAGGCACAGAAGAAAGGGCUUUUCAGAAGAGGGUCUCUUCUGGGUAAACUGAGGAGAUCUGAAUCUAAGUCCUCACUUUCAUCCCAAAGAAGUAAACUGAGCUUUCUGAAAAGUGUGAGUGGGAUGAGCUCCGGAGCUAGUGAUGCCACCUCAACUGUGAGCUUUGGUGAUGGGACGGAAGGGGAAGAAUUUCCACCAAUGGAAGCAGAUAUUGAUGCCACCACUACUGAGCUCUAUAUGGGGGAAUGGAAGAAAGACAAGAGGUCCGGGUUUGGAAUCAGCGAGCGCUCCAGUGGUCUGAAGUAUGAAGGAGAAUGGCUGGACAACCUGAGACAUGGCUAUGGGUGUACCACCUUUCCAGAUGGAUCAAAGGAAGAAGGAAAAUACAGGAACAACGUUUUAAUUAAAGGGAUGAAGAAGAGGGUGAUCCCCUUAAAGAGUGCCAAAAUCAGACAGAAAGUGGACAGAAGUAUUGAAGGGGCCCAGAGAGCGGCAGCCAUAGCAAAACAGAAAUCAGAGAUUGCUGCGUCCAGGUAA